AUGGCCGGGUGGAAAAAACCCACCUGGCCUGAGGAUGAAGAUCAUUGCGGGAAGGCGGUCUGUGGGGGAGCUGGUUUGUUGGAGGAGGCGGAGGGUUUUUUGGUGUUAAAGUUGACUGCGAUUUGGUGGUCGAGUGAUCCAUGUGGCAGCCUAGUUCUGACUGCGGUGAGGUUUCAGCGGAGGCUGAAGCGAGCCUGGGGUUACUACACCAAGCCCCAGCAUCCCUUCCCACACAACAUUGACUCUCUUCGGAUGGGGUGCUUCCGGUAUGAUGUUCGAAUGUGCAACACCUUGAAAAUUUUCGCUUCUCCUGGUGUUCAGAGGCGUCUCCACGUCGUUUGGAUCAAAGGGACGUCGGUUCGGCCUUUAAGUUGCGCAAUUCCAAAAUCUGUCUCUCGGAGAAAUUCAAGAAGUCCUUUACUUCCUUCCCUACCCCUCUUCUUUGGUCUUACUUUUCUCUGA